AUGGCUAUGAUUCAACGUCGAUUAUUGAAAGAAUUCAACGCUGCAAAAGAAAAUUCCGCACAAAUUAAUAAACUAGAACCAAAAGGCAGCGAUAUAUUACAGUUGGAAGCUAAAAUUGUUGGGCCAGAUAAUUCGCCAUAUGCUAAUCAUAUUUUCACGCUUGAUAUUACUAUGCCGACAGAUUUUCCAUUUAAACCGCCUAAAGUUAAAUUCGCGACACCGGUGUAUCAUCCAUCAAUCAAAGAUGAUGGAAGCAUCUGUCUUGAUGUUCUUGGUGAAAAAUGGACACCAAAUCUGUCGAUCGUUACAAUUUUACUUCAAAUAAUCGAGUUACUGGCGGACCCAAGUACUGAAAGCCCCGUUGUGCCAGUCAUAGCGCAACAGAUUUUGAAGGAUCCUCAAGAAUUCUACGAAACAGCACGCAAAUACACGGCCGCGCACGCUCAACCUAUAACGACCUAA